AGCCAUAAUAUGAAUAAAAACUUUUUAAAUCGAAACUGACGUACUGGCUGCUUGUCAUCGAAUUACGAAAUAUAUUAUUUUAUAAAAAUGGAAUAUAAAGAAUGAUUGUCAUUCUUCUUUAAUAAAAUCUAUGUCAUGAUUGUAUCUCCUAAAAUUAUUUAUUAUUUUACACAUAAAACUAUUAGAUUAAACCGAAGCUUAAAUAUGGUCCAUGUCGAGCCGGAUAAAUAAGGAAUCAGAAUAAUAUAAUAUUGGACGGUGGAGUAACGCUCUUUUAUUAAUUAUUUUUACCCAGCACUCUCGAUUAAUAUGUACUGAGGUAAUGGUAAGCUGACCUAUUAUUGUUAACAUUGUAAAAGUUGCAGGACUGCAGCACUCGUCUCCUAAAAUGACCGACAUCAAAGUUCUUCGGCGGAAACGAGGCAGCUGUAAAGCUCGAUUAACAAUUUUUGCGACCUACUUAUCCCAGUUGACGGAUUCGGAACUGAACCCCGACCAAGUAUUGGAGUUACAAUUGCGCGUCGAUAGGUUAGGAGAAUUGUUUGACCAAUUUAAUGAUAUUCAAACUCAGCUUGAAUGUUUAUCUGAUAACUUAGAUGAAGAAUUAAUUGAAAGAUCUGCUUUUGAAUCGGAAUACUAUGCACGAUUUGCCCAGGCAAAGAAUAGGCUAACUGUUACGAAAGCGGAUGAAGAUGAUUUCAAAACAACAAACAGUAGUUCAAAGCGUAAGGUCGCCCAAUUGCCCACUAUCAAUUUACCAAUAUUUUCAGGUUCAUAUGAAAAUUGGCUCGCAUUUCGGGAUACUUUCAUUAGUUUAAUCCACAAAGAUGACGACAUCGACGAAAUUAAUAAAUUUCAUUAUUUAAAGACAUCAUUGGAGGGGUCAGCUGCUGAUGUUAUCCAAUCAGUGGAUUUUAGUGCUGAAAAUUACUUACUGGCGUGGGAUCUUUUAUGUGGUAGGUUUGACAACAAACGUUUGUUGCUUCAAAACCAUGAUUCGGCAAUUUUUGACCUCGAUCCACUAAUGAAAGAGUCAUCAAACAAUUUGAAAUCUAUGAUAGACCAAAUUAAUAAACAUAUUCGAGCUUGUGAGAAAUUAGGCGAACCUGUUAAUAGCUGGGACACAUUGUUAAUUCAUUUAUUUAGUCACAAAUUAGAUGCAAGGACAUUUCGUGAGUGGGAAGUGUAUAAAAAGCGACUUGACAAAUCUAAGUCCAUUCUUUUUAAGCAGUUUAUGGAGUUUAUGCAAGAACGUGCAGACUUUAUUGAGACAUUAGAACGCGCUCAGCUUUCUAAAACUAAAAACACCUGA